AUAAAAAGUUAUAAAAAAAAUAUUAUAAAAUAAUAUUUAAAAAAAAAGUGAAAAAAAAAUAAAACAUUCCAAAAAAAACUAAUAAAAAAAAAUUUGUGCGAAAAAAAAAUAAUUAAAAAAAAAAUAAAAUUUUGCCACGUGAACAUUUUCGAGCAAAAGAAAAAAAAAUUAUCAUCAUCAUCAUCGUCGUAGUCGUCGUCAUUAUAAAACGCGGUACGUUCCUUCAUAUGCUGCAAUAUUAUUGGCAUCAGCUCAUAUACAGACACAGCAAAGAGAUAGAUGAUACAUCAUGUGCAUUUUAUUAUUAUUAUAAAAUAAAUAAAAUAGCAAGGUGGCCUUUUUAUUUUUGCAAAGGAACACAGAAAAAUAUUUUAAAUUAAAAAUUGGAUAAAAUAGUGUGUUAAAAAUAAUAUUUUAUACAUGUUAUAAUAGAAAACACGACUAAAAAAUUGUAUUUUAAAUAUUAUAAUAUUUGUGAAGUAUAUUUUUUAAAUCACUAUUUUAUUAAAUAUUUUAUUUUAAAGAAACUAAAAAAAAAUUGUGAAAAACGAAAAAAAAUGAAAAUGAGCUUGACUUAUAAAAAAUAAAAUUAAUAUUAAAAAAUCGUGAAACUACAAAAAAAAAUAUAUAACAUAAGUUAAUACAUUCGAUACUUAUUUGGAAGAAGAAGAAGUUGAAAAAAGUAACGGGAACUGACAUUUUAAUUAUGAUGACGACGAGUUUCACGAUAAAAAACUGCAAUCUAAUCAUUCGGCGGAACUUUUUAUCAGUAUUAUUACUAAUAAUUAUAAAAACAUGUGUUUCGACGGAAAUUUUUUCGUAUGAUCAUAAAAUAGAGUUGACUCAAAGUGUGAAUCUGGAAAGGCAGGAAUUGCUGCAAAAGGUCUGUGAUCGCGAUGGAGCGAAAAAUAAGUUGACAGACUUGAGUGAGGAGCAGUUGGAUCACUUGUUGGUCGAUAAGGAACAUAAAUUGUUGUAUUGUUACGUGCCGAAGGUUGCCUGCACAAAUUGGAAACGUGUCAUGAUGAUUAUGACAGGUAAAUGGAAUGGAACUGAUCCAUUACAAGUGCCCGCUAGUUUGGCACAUUCGUACGGCAUGUUUGAUAAAUUCUCGGCACUCAACGCCAGCGACAGAGACGAGGUUUUGACAAAUUACACGCGAUUUAUUGUCGUCCGGCAUCCAUUUGAGCGUCUUUUGUCGGCGUAUCGCAACAAAUUGGAGGGAGAUUUGCCCAGUGCGCAGUACUUUCAGUCACGUAUCGGUCGUUUGAUAGUGAAAAAUUUCCGCCCGCAUGCCACGAACGAAUCUCUUAUCCGGGGUAACGACGUGACAUUUAACGAAUUUGUCCAGUAUCUCCUCACGCCCGAGCUGAGUCGCAGUUAUCUCGCCAACUCAUCGGCAAACGAACAUUGGGAAAGCAUCUCCCAGCUUUGUUUCCCCUGCAUUUUUCGCUAUAACGUCAUUAGCAAAUACGAGACGAUUGUCGAUGAUGCAGCUUUGCUCCUUGAAAAAAUUCACGUAACGAACGUAACUUUCCCAAUUGGACAAAAAACCUCCGGAACGAGUGAAAAAUUGAUCAAAUAUUAUUCCGCAUUGCCUCUUCACAUGUUAAGCAAACUUAAAAAUUUGUACGAAACUGAUUUCAAGCUCUUUGGAUACGGGCUGGAAGACAUCUUAGGCAUCGAAUUAGGAUAAAAAUUAUUUCUUGAAGUUCCUAAAAAAAAAUCUGUGAUCAAAAUUUAAAAAAAAAGUGUACAUUAAAAAAAAAUUCUGAGCAGCUAAAAGUUGCGAUGAUGAACAAAAAAUAAAAAGUACACAAAAGUGCAAAUUUGCACAUUUUUUGGCUAAAAAAUGAUAGUUUCGCUCCUCCUACAAAAUGUAUCAAUUUCACAUGUCGAUAUCAUGCCAAUCGCACCCCAUGCAGGAAAAAUAACGCACAUGUGCGGCGGCGGUUCAUGUGUGUCUUUUUUACUUUAUCUAAUGAUCGGUGAGGAUAUGUGAAUUGUUGUGUGUGCCAAAAUUACGCAAAAGGCGUUUCAAAAUGGCAAA